AUGCUCAGCCCAUGCACGACGUCCACAACGCUCAAUGUUCAGGAAUCCAAGCAACUCCUCGUCGAGCCAGUCGUCCGUGCCCCCGACUUCGUCGUCGUCAAACUCCGAAUUGAUGGCAUCCGAGUCAGAUGGAUCCGCAUUUUUGCCGGAUUUCCCUGGGACUACAGCAAGUUUGAGAAUAGCACUGAGAAAACUGCCCAAGGACUUCUCGACUUUAAUCCGCCCUACGAGUCGCCCUCGAGGUCGCAACCCAUUUAUUCAGGUGAGUUCGUUGCCAAUAUACCUGACAGCAUAGGCUUGAUUCAUCAGUCGGCCUCCUCAACUGCACGCCAGCAAUCACGCGGUUCUGUGGGAGUAGCGUUGCAGACGGAUUAUGCCGAUGACCUCGUCGCCAAGUCGCUCGAACACCAGAUUGUCGUGCAGCGGCCAGAGGACAUGUUCACGCCCGACCCGAGCUCAGAAAAGUCGUCUCGAAAGCGAAAGCCAGAGAGCAGGCUCUACAACUUCCUUCAUCCAUCGCGUUCACGUUCACGUUCAGGAUCGCGGUCACGCGGCGGCGCACGCUCCCCCACCCCUCCGAUUCCCGACGAACCUCUUCCCCAGCAUCCAAGAAGCUUGAGCUUCAGCGAGGCACAACGACCCACAUCAUCUGUGAUGAGCACCCCAAGUUCAGCGAAGACUGCACGGGCGGGCGCGAAACCUACGUCUCGAAUACCAUCACGUCCCCUGUCAUCAACGACUACCGCCACGAACACGACUAUUACGCCGCGAACACCUACUCAAACGAAACCCAAAUCUAGGAUAUUUGAUCACAAUACUAAUGGCCGCAGAGAGAAUCCCGCGACCUCGCGACCACCAUCACCUAAACCUUCGGCAGCGCGACAGAAGCUUCAUCAUUUCUUUGGUCUACCCCUCCGUGGCAGAAAACCGAUAGUGGAUUCGCGGGCUAGCAGCCCAGGUCCAUCAGGGCGCGGCUAUCAGCCAAACGACCUCCCUCCCUCCCCUCCCCGCCCCUCGACAGCAACGACACACAGUCAACGCAUGGAAUACAAACCCUCCCAGUCGACUACAUCGUCACACUCGCAAUCAUGGGCUACGACCUCCAACUCCCACUCCCGAAACGCGAGCGAAGAUUCCGUACCCAAGCGCAGUAAUUCGGGUUCACGGCUUGUUAGGCUAUUCUCAGGUCGAAGCUCGUCUCGCUCGAAUGCUCAAGCGGUAAAAAACCAAGAUAUUGGUUCCAGUGUCUCCCUCUCAAUAUCACCUCCCGUUGUCUCGGGACCAUUGUCAUCCAAGUCGAAAACACACCGGCGCAGCGGCUUGGGGGGUAGCCUGGACACUGCUACAUCAAGAGGACUCCCGUCGGACCCUUCCUCCCUGUUGAACCCGAAGGGCAAAGCCUCUGCGCAUCAAACGCCGCUAACACAGGGAUAUGGUUCAGAGGCAGGAAUCCCUCGUAUCACAACAACACCUGCCACUCCUGUGAAAUCAGGGACAUCUCCAUCACGAAUACCUGCAAGGAGAUUGGAGCCAAUUGAGUCGGAAGGCUGGCAGCCAAUGGCGAUGGUGGACGAAGAGGGGAGGGUGGUGAAUGGGAUAGUCACAGAGGCUCCAAGUUCAGAUCGACGGAGGGCUCACGGCAAUGGGAAAGAGAGAGAUAAGCGGCGCCCCGAUUCAUCAAAUACUAAUUCGAAUCAAAAUCAUGCCAGAGGUUUUGGUCCUCCCAAGACAAGGCUCACGAGCCGCGGUACAAAACAUGGGAGUUUCGACUUCGAAAGGCCGGGGUGGAGUGGGGUUGCAUCAGGAAAGGCAAGUACGAUGGCGAGGAGUGUCAGUGGCGGGAGUACGAGUGGGGGCAGUGCUCUUACGAGUCGGACAGGCGGGAGUGGAGUCAACCAAAGCAGAGAGAGCAUCACGGGCAACGGCAUAGGGAGGACUUCGAGGAAAGGCUCCGCGGACAUGCCACCCAUAUUAAGACCACACGACUACGACGCGGCUGGGUAUAGACGGACGACACCGAUUGAACCAGACCAUACUGGUUCCUCAACACAUACGUCUGCAUCAGGGGCUACAGGUCUGACUUCCAGCUUCGGCCGCUCGAGUGGGCGGAAAGUCAUUGGUGGCGUAUCAAAGCUAUUUGGUGGAGGUCACGGCCCGUUUCCUUUCGAACCCCCCGUUCCGUCACCGCCUAUGUCGACUGGGAGCACUAACCCUAGUCCAUCAUCUGCAGAGGGGUUCGCCAGGCAGCAAGAUCAACGGCUGCUUUCGAGAGGCAAAGCAGAGGAACCUCCAGAAGGUCGAUCUCGUACGAAGUUUGCUUCGCGCACAGCAGGAAGAGAUAAACCUGCUGUCCCGGUCCCCAUACCGCCCCCACCGAAUCCAUCAAGCAAAGCGGGCGCAGGCUAUCGGUCGGGCACCAAAGGCCGUUCGUUGGAUCUUAAUCUGGGACUCUCGUGGGCGCCGAAUAAAGUACGAGAGGAGGCACUGCUCCCCUUUGGGCGGUCCCUUUCGGUAUCUCGACGCGCGGAGAAUACCAGAGGACAUGCGCGAGAGGAUAGACAACAUCACCAACUCGACGCGGACUUGGCUAAAAUUGGCCGUGACAUUGCAGAAAUUUUCCGCAACGUUCUCGACGAGGAGGGGUAUGCCGAGUUCAGGAAAUGUAAGUGCACAUAUUACUGUGAAGAAGUGUCAAAUACUGACACCUACAAGAUGUCCACCGUUUCGAUGCCCACGAAAUUCCCUUUGACGGCUCAAAGGGGAUCGUGA